AUGGGGCUGGGGGCACUACAGGUACUGGGAAUUUGGGGGGAAACCCCCCCGGGACCCCCCAAAUUCUCGGACGCCUCCAAGGUGGUGGCCAAAGGCCUGGGGCUCACCAAGGCCUUCGUGGGCCAGAAGAAUUCCUUCAGCGUGGACUGCAGCAAGGCCGGCACGAACAUGCUGCUGGUGGGCGUGCAGGGCCCGCGCAGCCCCUGCGAGGAGAUCGUGGUGAAGCACCUGGGCCAGCAGCUCUACAACGUGUCCUACGUGCUGCGCGAGCGCGGCGAGCACCUGCUCGUGGUGAAGUGGGGCGAGCAGCACGUGCCCAACAGCCCCUUCCGCGUCACCGUGCCCUGAGAGAGACAGAAACGGGGCAAAAACGCCCGGAAUCGGGCAAAUGUCACUGGGGGUGGGGGGAGAGCCAUGGGAAACCCCAAAACUGGGGGAAAUCACCCAAAAUGGGGGAAAGUCCC